AAAUAUCUGGGUGAAGAGGAGGUUGCUUUUAAGAAGUUAGCAUCCUUUUCCCUCCCUUACAAGUUGAGGCAGAGGCUAAGGCUGUGACUCCAGUGGGCUGUACCUUUAAAUCAAAAUAGAAGAAGAAGAAAGGGACAAUGGCUCUUAGUGGAAACUGUAGUCGUUACUAUCCCCGGGAGCAAGGGGCCUCAGUUCCCAACUCCUUCCCUGAGGUCAUAGAGCUGAAUGUUGGGGGUCAAGUUUAUUUCACUCGCCAUUCCACACUGGUAAGCAUCCCUCAUUCCCUCCUGUGGAAAAUGUUUUCCCCAAAGAGAGACACCGCUAAUGAUCUAGCCAAGGACUCCAAGGGAAGGUUUUUCAUUGACAGAGAUGGAUUCUUGUUCCGUUAUAUCCUGGACUAUCUCAGGGACAGGCAGGUGGUCCUGCCUGAUCACUUUCCAGAAAGGGGAAGACUGAAAAGGGAGGCUGAGUACUUCCAGCUCCCAGACUUGGUCAAACUGCUGACCCCCGACGAAAUCAAGCAAAGCCCAGACGAGUUCUGCCACAGUGAUUUUGAGGAUGCCUCCCAAGGGAGCGACACGAGAAUCUGUCCCCCUUCCACACUGCUCCCUGCUGACCGCAAGUGGGGUUUCAUUACGGUGGGUUACAGGGGAUCCUGCACCUUGGGCAGAGAGGGGCAAGCUGAUGCCAAGUUUCGGAGAGUUCCCCGGAUUUUGGUUUGUGGAAGGAUUUCCUUGGCAAAGGAAGUCUUCGGAGAAACUUUGAAUGAAAGCAGAGACCCUGACCGAGCCCCAGAAAGAUACACCUCCAGAUUUUAUCUCAAAUUCAAGCAUCUGGAAAGGGCUUUUGAUAUGUUGUCCGAGUGUGGAUUCCACAUGGUGGCCUGUAACUCAUCGGUGACAGCAUCCUUUGUCAACCAAUAUACAGAUGACAAGAUCUGGUCAAGCUACACUGAAUACGUCUUCUACCGUGAGCCGUCCAGGUGGUCAUCCUCGCACUGUGACUGCUGCUGUAAGAAUGGCAAGGGUGACAAAGAAGGGGAGAGUGGCACCUCUUGCAAUGACCUCUCCACCUCCAGCUGCGACAGCCAGUCUGAAGCCAGCUCCCCCCAGGAGACAGUCAUCUGUGGCCCCGUGACUCGUCAGACCAACAUCCAGACUCUGGACCGUCCCAUCAAGAAGGGGCCCGUCCAGCUGAUCCAGCAGUCAGAGAUGCGGCGGAAAAGUGAUCUGCUACGGACUCUGACUUCGGGCUCCAGGGAGUCGAACGUGAGCAGCAAAAAAAAAGCUGUUAAGGAAAAGCUGUCAAUUGAGGAAGAGCUGGAGAAAUGCAUCCAGGAUUUCCUAAAGAUCAAAAUCCCAGAUCGGUUCCCGGAGAGAAAACACCCCUGGCAAUCUGAACUAUUACGGAAGUAUCAUCUAUAGGGGAGGGCUGGGGGCGAGAGAAGAAAAAAAAAUCCGUGUCACCACUUUGGAAACCUUCUAAAAGAAAUUCAUGUUUUACAGAAAAAAUAACAACUGAUGAAACAUAUUUGUUAGAACAUGGUAGUUUAUUGAUGUCCUACUGCCUACUUUACCUAGUUCACCUUAACAUGUAAAUCCACAGGGUAGAUUUCUUUCCUGGUGUGGAAAUACAAGAAAAUCUCUUCUGCUGUUGCAGUUUGUUUAACUUGGUCCCAUGAGCUGAGUAUCUCAUACAUACUGAAAGCCAGCUACCGAAGAGUAGCUGAGACGCCUUGGGAGUCAUGGAUCCCAAACUGGGUUUUUUUCUCUCUUCAGUCUACCUCCUUCCUUUGAAUGAGGAUGUGAUA